CGUAAUUUUAGAAUUUAUAUAAAACCAUUAAAACACUCUAAUGAAUUGUUUAUUUCAUCAUCACGAAUAAUAUUUUUUUUUAAUAUUAAUUCUUAUUCUAAUUAAUACAUGAGUGAAUUAGUUGGAACAUGGAAAUAUCUUGAAAGUUCUAACGUGGAAGAAUUGUCCAGUGAACUAGGAACUCCUAAUGAAUUAUUCGAUACUGCCAAUAAAAUGAGACCAAAUAUGAUCAUAGAUUUGGAUGAUAAUGAAGUACGCAUAAAAAUGAUGAUCUGUGAUCAAGAAUUGGAUCAAUCAUUUGAAUUAGGUCAAGAAGUUGAAGAAUUAACAUUUGAUGGACGAAUUGUUAGAGCUAUUGUAACCAUUGAAUCAGACAAGAAAAUGGUACAUGUACAAAAACACGGCUUCACGGAAACUGUUAUCACCCGCGAAGUUGAUGGUGACACACUGAUGACAACAAUAAAAUCUCAACAACAUGUAGCGACUAUCAAAUAUCAACGUGUUUAACUUGAUCAUUGGUUAAUGUUGAAAUUCUACUAUUUAAUACUCGAAAUAAAUGAAUAAUUCGAUAAAUGUUACCUUUCAGUUUACUAAUUGCUUAUAAUGUUUUGUUUAUACUUUACAAUUACUGUUCAGUAAAUGUACGUUUG